AGCACGUGGCAGAUGGUGGUGAGCUUCCUCCCAAACUCUUUCACUCGGAAUCAGCUGUUGACUGCCGGGAGGUCAGAUGGUUCCCCAUUCCAUGGAAAUAACAGGGGUUGAUUACCUAAAACACACUGAAAGAGAGUGAGACCGGUGGUCAGUUGUUAAAAGGAAUUUUGGGCGUAUUCUGCCCACCCAAGGAACUGGUUCCAGGGAUCCUGAUGGCCAUGGCAGAAAGUCCUGAGAAAACAUCAGAUUUCCCAAACCUUUCGUUCAGUGUGCCCAUUCGUUUGAGGAUGAUAACCAGAUGAUAAACUCACGGUCACACCUAGGAGUUGGAAGAAGCCUCGCCAUACCCGAGAGAUGAAUUGGGGACUUCGGUCGGACACAAUAUCCUCUGGGAUGCCAAAGUAAUGGAACACUUUGUUGAAUAGCAUUUCAGCUGUUUCCAUGGCGGACGGAAGACCUUUGAGAGAAACCAGUCAACCAGAUUAAAGGCGUUGGUGGCUUCCGGGGUCCACUUAAGGGCUUUGGGUUUUCCUCGGAGCAGGGAGGUUAGAGGACUGGCUGUGAUACUGUUGUUUUUUUAUAAAUCUGCGAUAGAAAUGUUAAAAUCCGAGGAAACGUUGUAAUUCCUUACCACUUGUAAGUUGUGGCCAGUUGAUAAUGGCGGAUACUUUCUCCUCAUCCAUUUUCACCCCAUUUGUUCAAUGAUGUAACCGAGAAAUUGGACGGAAGAUUAAUGAACAUUUUUCAGCCUUGAGAAAUAAAUGAAAUUGAGUUGUUGAAGAAUUUUUGUGAUGUGUCGAUGGUGCUCAGCCUUGGAUUGGGAGAAUAUGAGGAUGUCAUCAAUGUAGACGAUCACAAACUGGUGGAGGAAGUCGUGGAGUAUCUCGUUCAUGAGGUUUUGGAAGACAGCAGGGGUAUCACCAGGUACUCAUAAUGUCCUGUAGGUGUUAUGAAGGUCGUUAUCUAUUCAUCUCCUUCACGAAUACGGAAAAUAUUGUAUGCACUGCAAAGACGUUUUGUGAAUACACAGGCAUUUCUGAGACACUCCAAGGCUGCUGGGACCAGGGGUAAUGGAUAACGAAACUUGACUGUGGCUUUAUAGAGGGUACGGAAAUCUAUGCACGGUCGAAGUCCACCAUCUUUUUUCUCAACAAAAAAGGACCUGGAUGCUGCAAGGGAAGUAGUGGCUAACCAGGGUAAUGGCUUAUUAUCACCAACUGACAAUUAAAACUCACAAUCAGCGAAAAAACGAUAUCACACAUGCCUACUCACAAAAUCUCUAACAUGAGCUGUGUUAAUAUAAAACAUUUUAUGUUUUAUUACAUUUUAUGUUUUCAUUAUAUGAUUUGCAGUUUUUCUGGUAUCAUUCUGUUGUGUAAGCGAGCUCACUGUACUAAUAUUAUAACUAACACACUAACAUGACUGAACAAAGUGAUGUCAUAAAGCAGGACAGCUAACACUAGCUAAAUUCCACAUUAAUGUAUUGACUGUAUGACCAUAGAUAUGACUAGAAGCAGCUUGGUAAGUUUAGUCAGUCACUAGUUUUUAAACAAACUGCACAGACAGAAUGAGUGGAGAAGAAGAUCAUCACACUUCUCCAUCAGAUGUGUAACUGACUGCAGGUCUUAGAUCCAAAUUAAAUUACGGAAAGAAACAAUUACCUUUCCAUAAAUCAUAGAGUGGAGUGUAAAUGCUGACUGUGAUUAUAUUUCCAGUUCAGUUUAUUACAGUACAUUAGUUACUUAUACUUACAUUACUGUGAUUAAAAUAACAGAUAACCUUCUCCUGACAAUAAAAACAUUAAACAAGUGUGAAAAGUAACACAAAAUGAUUAGAACUGAACAUAUUACAUAUUUAUUAUUAAUGCUGUAACUUCCCUACAUUUUCCCUGAUACAGAUAGAAAUGUGAAUAAAUGUGGUGAUCCAGCAUUUUCAUUCCAUAUGAAGUGUUUUAUUCAUCCGCUGAUCACAGAUCAGCGGAUAAAUACUGCACUGAGUAUUCAAUUGUUUAAAUAUAAAUGAUUUACUAUUCAGCAUUUGUUGAUAUUUUAAUGAAGUGAUGAUUGUUUAUCAGAUAUUCUGUCUGUAAAUCAUAAGUUUAUCUCAUUAUAUUUUAUCUAACAUUACAUUUCUCUCUGUUGUUUCACACGAUAUCUUCAGUAUUGGAGGAAGAGUUCAGAAGGAAUGAUCAAGUAAAAGACAUUUGUGUCUAUCAGAUUCCCAGAAAAUGGACAGAAGAUGAGAGAAUGAAAAUGAAGAACUCGGCUCUACAGACUGAACCGAAGGGAGCAUUAAAAUCACUGGAACAUAAAGACCAACAGCUGGAGGAUUAUAAAAGACAACUAGAGAAUAAAGAUACAGAACUGAGAAACAGAGAGAAAAUCAUCAAGGAGAAAGACGCACAGAUACAGGAGACACAAAUACAAGUGGAGGAAAAGGACAACAGACUUGUGGAGAAAGAGAAAGAAUUAAAUGAGAAAAAUGAAGAGCUGAAGUUUCUAAAAGAAUGUUUAGAGACUAAUGAGAAGACUCUUUCUGAGAGAGACGCAGUGUUAAUGGAAACUAAUAAUAAACUUCAACAUACUACUGAACAAGUUAAAGAGAAAAUCUCACAACUGGAGAAUAUGAACAAACUGCUGAGUGAGAAAGAAACACAGCUGAAGAACACAGAUAAAGAGCUGGAAACCAGUAAACACAAACUAGAGACACUGGGACAGGAGCUGCAGGACAAGAAGAGACAACUACAGGAGAUGAUGAUCGUACUGGAGCAACAGAAAACUGAGUUAGCAGAAAAAAACAAACAGCUUGAAGAGACAGAGAGACUUCUAAUUAAGAAAGAGACACCGCUAAUGGAGAGAGACAAACAGCUUCAGGAGAAAGACAGACUUCUAGAGGAGAAAACAAAGCAGCUGCAGGAACAGACAGAUCCAGAACCAUCAGCCCCCAUCAGGAGAAGAAAGAGCAAGGACCUGUCACCUCCAUAUAUGAGUGGAGAGACUCAGGACUCAGCAGCACCAAUCAGGAGAAGUAUGGAGCGACGUCUUCCUACAUUAGGUGGAGAAUUGUCUACUCCACAUUCUCCAGUGUCGGUUUCAGUAGCAGAACUGAGGCUGGUGCUGCUAGGGAGGACGGGGUCUGGGAAAAGUGCAGCAGGAAACACCAUCCUGAGAAGAGACGAGGGGAACCAGGCUGCUACAUCUACAUCCACCCAUCAGAGUGAGAGCACACAGGGGCAGGUGGCUGGGAGGAAGGUGACUGUGGUGGACACGCCUGACUGGUUCUCUCCUGGACUUUCUCUGGAGAAGCUGAGACAUGACGUAGGACUCUGUGUCCAACUGUCUGCACCAGGACCCCAUGUCUUCCUUCUGGUCAUACCUGUAAAGCAGCCUACAGGAGAGGAGAGAGGGAUGCUGGAGAAAAUGGAGAAGAUUUUUGGAGAGAGAUGUUGGAGAAACACCAUGAUCAUAUUUUGUGUUACUGAUGAACUUCAGAAGAAGAACAUUGAGAAGUUUAUCCAGCUAGGAGACCAGGAGGUCCAGAGACUUGUAGAGAAAUGUGGGGACAGGUUUUCCUGUCUCAACAUUAAGGAGAGUGGAGAUGGUUCUCAGGUCUCAGAGCUGCUGAAGAAGAUAGAGAAGAUGGUGGAAGAUAGCAGAGAGAAAUUCUACAGCAGUGAGAUCUACCUGGAGACAGAAUCUCAGAUUAGAGCAAUGGAGACUAAGAUCCUAAAGGAAAAAGAAGAGAAAAGAAUGAGAGAGGAGAUGGAAGUGAAAGAAAAACUAGAUAAGGAAGUGCAGGACUCUCUGAGAAAGAUAGAGGGAGUGAUCCAGAAGCAUGAAGGAGACAUCAGACAACUGAAUGACCGAGCAACUGAACUGGAGAGAAAGAUGAAAGACGAGAGAGAUGAAGAGAAAAAGAGAGAACUUGAGAGGGAGUUGGAACGAGAGGUAGAGCGAAUGACAGACAUGGAAGAAAAGGUAAAGAAACUAAAAGAAAAGAGAGAGAGGGAGAGAAGAGAGAUGGAAGAGAGGCACCAACAGGAGAUAGAGGAGAUCAGGAAGGUGUAUAAAGGAGAGGUCAGGAUGGAGACAGAGAGAAACCUCAUGAAGAUCAUCCUACCUGAACUUCACAGAAACAUUUUGGCCUUAAAAACAAAGAUGCAGGAAGAGUUUAGCAGACAGAUGGAGGAGAAGAACAGAGAGCUGGAGACUCUUAAACAGAAACUUUCAGAUCUCACAGAAGUUCUCAGACUGAGGGAAGAAGUUUAUCAGGAAACAGUGAUGAGUUUAACGUAUCAGAACCAGCAGCCAGUUUAAGCUGAAUUAUCGCUGCAUGUAUGACUUUGGAGUUGAUUCUGCUGUUUGCAAACACAAUAGCACAAUUCUUUUUAUUGUGACUUGAGAUCAGUGGUCCUAUAUUUCAUAACAAUGACAGUUUAUUCUAUUAUUUCUGGUAAAAUGUCAGAGUGUAAGUGCUGCUAGGAUGUUCAUCAGGAGGACGACACAGGAUUCUACCAAACCCACAGAACAGUUACAGAUACGGUAGCAGCAGUGGUGAAAAACUGUGAUAAAGACAAACCUUACAGCACAAUAAAACUGUAUACUACUACUACUAAUAAUAAUAAUAAUAAUAAUAUAGAACUUUAACUUUUGUGAAAGAACACAGUAAAAUAUUUUUUCCUAAACUUUCAUGUCAAGAUGUUAUUUAUAUUUAUAGACGGUUUAUUGGUUAUGUAACAAAAAUAAUUUGUUUCUCUGGAGUUCCACAUCAAUUUUAUAUGUACAAAUAAAUAGAAAAUAUUUAUAAUUCUUUAACGAAUAUUUAUGAACUUCCUGUAGUAUGAGGGGAAUAAAUCAUGUCAUUACUACAGUAGGUUGUGUUCGAAGUGGGAACAGUAACAUUGAUUAUAUUAAUUACACAUGUUAUAAUACAGUUUAAUGUAUUAUUAUAAUUUUUUUUUUUAAUUGUCUGGCUAUCUAAAGUAUAAUUGUAAUACAUUUCUCUACCAGUAGAGGGAAAUAACAAACUGCUGCUUAUAUUUCUUUCUCAUUAUAGAAGUCAGAUUGGAUCUUUAUUUCUGUACAUCAGUGGAUGAGUAACAGCAGAACAGAUCUAUGCAGUAGGCGUGGUCACUGAAACACUCUUAUUCCUGUACAGCUCAUCCUCUCUCUCUUAUUGAAGCUCCAGAUUGCAGUUUAAAUAAAUAAUGUCUAAUAAAUGAAAGUAUUUUCCAUGUAUGGAACAUGUAAGGACAUGUAUGAAAGCUGUAAUACAGUGGUGAGAUGUGCUGUAGGUGUGACAGAAGAGUUCAAGGUGAAGGUGGGUCUGCAUCAAGGAUUGGCUUUAGGCCCCUUUUUGUUUGCUCUGGUGAUGGACAGGAUGACAAAUGAGGUUAGACAGGAGUCUCCAUGAACUAUGAUGUUUGCAGAUGACAUUGUGCUUUGUAAUGAGAGCAGGGAACAGGUGGAAAAAUAUUUGGAGAGGUGGAGGUAUGCUCUGGAAGGCAAAGGAAUACAUGUGUGUAAAUGAGAAGAACCCAAGAGGAACGGUGAGGAUACAGGGAGCAGAGGUAAAGAAGUUGCAGGACUUUAAGUACUUAGGGUCAACGGUCCAAAGAAAUGGAGAGUGUGGAAAGGAGGUGAAGAGGCGGGUACAGGCAGGUUGGAAUGGGUGGAGAAAAGUUUCAGGUGUGUUGUGCAAUAAGAGAGUAUCAGCGAGAAUGAAAGGAAAGGUGUACAGGACAGUGGUGAGACCAAUUUAUCAGAGGGACAACCCAUGUUAGAUGUUUUGGAGAUAAAGUCAGAGAGGCCAGAUUGAGGUGGUUUGGAGAUGUUCAGAGGAGAGAUGGUAAAUAUAUCGGUAGAAGCAUGCUGAGGUUGGAACUUCUAGGCAGGAGGUCUAGAGGAAGACCAAAGAGGAGAUUUAUGGAUGCAGUGAGAAAGGACAUAAAGUUAGUUGGUGUGAGAGAAGAGGAUGCAGAGGAUAGGGUUAGAUGGAGGCAGAUGAUUCGCUGUGGCGACCCCUGAAAAGGAACAGCCGAAAGACAAAGAUAAGGAAGAAAUGAAAGUAUUUUCCAGUGAUUUUAAAAAAUAAAAAAAAUAAAUUUUCUUCCCAAAUUACUGCCCACAAAUAUCAAAAUAUAGUCAGUCUAGGUGGCAUGCAUGUUGCAUUUAUUUUUGAUUGAAUUAGCAAUGAUAUAGACAAGCACACACGCGCACACACAAACAC